CUGGUACAGCAGCGAAGUCGCUGUCUGGCUGUGGGCCUUAGGCGCCAUGGAUUUGGUUAUCACGCAGGAACUGACCCGUGCCCAGAACCAACAAGAUGCAGCUGCCCUGCGACGAGCUUAUGAGCUGAUCAAGUCCGCAAACCUGGGAAAAUCGGAGUUCGACCCCUCAGAGAGCUUCAGCCCGGACCUGUUCGUGCUGUGUGCAGAGCAGGCACUCAAGAUGGGGGAGCCCAAGAUGAGCGACGACUGCAUCCAGAUGUACUUCAAAGUGAAGGGGCCUGUAACUCAGUUUCUGGGUCGAGCACACCUGUGCAGGGCCCAGCUCUGUGCCCCACAGUCAGAGGAAAACCUGGAGGAAUUUGAGAAUUGUGUGACUCAGUACAUGAAGGCUAUAAACUUCGCAAAGGGAGAACCGAGGUAUUACUUCUUGGUGUUCAAUGCUUCUGUUCUCUACUGGAACAUGGUGCGGCCAUUUCUCAAGCCUGGAUAUCAUCAAUUUGUGAUCCCCAGCCUCUCUCAAAUCAUCGCCGUGUUAAACCAGACAGAAGAAGAGGACAAGGAGUGGCAGGCAGAGCUGAUGAUGGAACUUCUUGAAUGCUACCUGCAAGCCGGAAAAAAUGAGGAUGCUGCCAAGUUCUGCUUGACAGCUGCACCAUUCAUCAAAACCCAUGUGCCACACAAGUACAGGCAUCUGUUCUCAGUCAUGGUGCGUCAUGAGCUAAUGGAUGACCAUCAGUUAAGGGAAGAGAAAAAGCAUUCCACGAGUCUCUCCAUCACUUACCACAUCAAUUCACUAAAAGCGAAAUUGGAUAAACAUAAUUUGCCAGAAAACAUCGACCAGAUUCUGAGGAAAGCCUAUAAACACUUGAGUCACUACAAUCACCACCGCUUCCCUUCCAUCAAAGAAGAAAAAAUAUUGCUGCUUUUUGAACUGGCCCGCCUGUCUCUGACCUUGAAAAAUGAGCCAAUGGCCAACGACUGCCUCUCAGAUCUGAAGAAAAUUGAAACCAAAGAUCCUGGCAAGCUGCUCGAAAUCGAAGGCCUGGAGUGUGAACUGGAAGCUUUGAGACUGGAGAGUAGACUUAAAAUGUACUUUCGAGGAGCCGUUGAGGAGCAGCUGAGCAUCAUCAAGAGACUGGACAUCAUGCUGCAGCGGGCCAUCCGCCUAGGUGACUCCAAGCUCAUCCACGUGCUGUGUACCACACAGUGGAACACCUGCCUGCCCCUGCUGCAGCGCAACCUGAGGUUCUACCUCCGGAAGCCACUGACCACCAUCGCUGAGAUCCUGGAAAAGAUUGAUAGUCUCAUGACCCUGAUGCGCUGCCAAGUCCACAUGGAGCUGGCAUAUAUCGACCAGGACGAGGACCGGCUGGAGCCCGCCAUUGAUCACCUGCAGAAGGCCAUGCGGCUGGACAGCUUGGGCCUCUACGAGGACAAGGUUAAGGUGGCUUACAAACGGCUACAGUUGUGUACCAUGCUGUACCAGUCCCCCGACCGUCCCGAGGACAAAGCCACCAUGGCCAUUGAACAGGCAAAGAAAGCCACCAUGAAAGACAGUGCCCGGAAGAAGCGUGCACUCCUGGUGAACGCAGGCCUGGCCCUCGCCCCCGACACCUUCCAGAUUGUGCUGGACAGCGAGAAUGAGGCCAAAGUUUCCACAGGGAAAAAUAGGGGUCGCUUCACCUACCUCUGUGCGAAAGCGCGACACCACAUCCUCAGUGUGGACAAAGCUGCUGGGCACCUGAGGCGUCUGGGAAACGAGAAUGACAAAGAGAGAAUUGUGAUUUGGGCCCAGCUGGCUAAAGUGGCCUGGAAGCAAGACGUGUGUGACGUGUGUCGCACAGCAACCCGCUUCUGCCUUCUUUAUGACAACGUCAAGUCAAGGAAGUCCACAAAGCUAAAACGAGGGAGGAAGAAAAAAGGUGCCGAGGGCUCCCAGCAUGACUGGGGACAGUCUGAGGUGGUCCUGCACAGAAAUAUGUCCGCUGACCUGCUGAGGAAGAUCGCGGAGGUGGCCUUCCUCAGUGCUGAGGCCACGGUCCACUUGCUGCGCUUGGAAGGUGUGGAGCUGAAUGACCAGGCCAUCCCCCCUGAGGACUUGAGCCAACACCCAGCUGGCUAUGUGCCUGAACCACCAGAGAGCAAUCCCGAGUGGAUCACAUACAGAACCUGGAUAGAAAGCCUGUCGCAGUAUGCCAUGAACAACUGGCUGCGUGCUGCAGAGAUCGGGCAGGAGCUAGGGGAAGCCUGGAUCGUGCAGAACGCCGUGGUCUAUGUUUUGAACCACAAUCGUCACCUCAUCGUGGCUGGGAGGCAGAAGGAGCUGGUGGAUUCCCUGUAUCACCUCCUGAACACCCUCAAGGCCACUGGCUACAAAGGGGAUUUAGUCAUGCUUGUCUCGCUGUGUGAUGCCCUUGCUCGAGGCCUGAUCAUCAGCUGGAUUCCCACCCAGACAUCUGAAAAGUCGAAAAAGAAUGUGCGCCCUACCUUAGUUCAUGUUCCAGCAGCGGAGUUUUCUGCCUCCUCUGAGAUCAGAGCAGCGUUGGAGGUCUGUGAGUUUGCACUGCACCUCACUAAUGGGAAUGUGCUGGAUGACAUCGUCCCCACCAGCGUGCGGCAGCAUCUCAUUUCAACCUGGGUGAAGGCCAAGCAGCUACUGCAGCAGCAGAUUGGGCAGCGACUGGGCACUGAUGAGCAGGGUACCAAUGAGGAUAUCAACUCUAUAACCAGAGUCCUUGUUGCCCUUGAGAUGUAUUCGUGCAAUGGACUGGGUCUCAUGGACUUCACGGUUCCCCCGCUAGCUCAGGUGGUGAAAAUGGCUUCUGAGUGUAACUGGUCAGAGCCCCUCGUGGAGCUGCAGACCCUGACGCGCCUCACCCACUUCGCCUAUGUGGCCCACGACCAUGAGAUCACCAUGGCAUGUUCUCACAAUGCCACCCAGAUGGGCCUCAAGCACCUGAGGUCAUUUAAUGCGACCGAUGCCAAGCUGGCUGCAGAGAUGUUGUGUACUGUGUCCUGCAUCCGGGGCCGCAGCAUCAUGGAAAACUUGAAGGGUAGGAAGCAGCUACGCCUAGCAGCCGCCAAGACGUUCAUAGAGAGUGCCAAGUAUGGGGGCCUGGCAGGCAACAGUUCCCUGGUCAUGAUGGCUGCCCGGCACUACUGGAACACAUGGCUCCCACUUCUGUCCUCACCGGGCAACAGGAAGAAGGCCAAGGGGUCCCUCCAGCGAAUCAUCAGCAUCAUCAACAAGACAGAGAGCAAGAAGCAGGACACAGAGAAAACACUGUUUCUGCACCAGUGGCCAACAGCUGACUUCCAGGGUGGAGGCACAGGACCCGAAGGCCCAUUCCUUCCAGGGUCUGAGGAUGACCUCACUCUCCGUGCGGUACUCUAUAGCCUGCUCUUCCAUAGCCACGCUGACCAGAAUGACUGGGAGAUGGGCCUUAAAGUGCUGGAUGAGGCCGUGCAAGUGCUGCCAAGGACAGCCCACCGCCUCUUGAUUUUCAAACAUAUGGUCAUUGUGAAGGCCAAACUUGGCCAGAACUAUAGCAUGGAAAUUCAGAAGUUCAAGGACGAGAGCGAAGACUAUUUGGCACACAUGUGGUACCAACUGGCUCAGAACUCGAGGAACAUCUGUGGAGAGCUCACCUGUUAUCAAAAUGCUAUCCAGGCACUGCAGAAGCCAGAGAACAACUGGCAGAAGGUAGAUUACAUUGUGGAGUUCAGUGAGUGGCUGUAUUACAAGCAGUUCCCUAUGAAAGACGUGAUUGCCCACCUCGAAUGGGCCAUUGAGAUUCUGCUAUCCAUGAAACCCAUUGAAGACUCCCCUGAGCCGGAGCCCAAGACAGAAGGGCAGGCCUCCCCUACCCUGUCUGCCACAGGGAGUGCAGUGUCCUCGAAUCUGGAGACAGUCUCCUUGGACCAGUUUCGAAGUGUGAGGCAGUUGGAGGCCCUGGCCCGUGUGCACAUCCUUCGGGCCUUGAUAGUGUCCCCAAGCUCCUCUUCCUAUGAAGACGACUGCUUCAUGGCCUACAGUUUCCUCAGGCGCAUCUGGCAGAUUUCCUUGAUAGCAGGAGAAAAACUAAUUCCAGAAAAAACUUCACAAGUAGCUAGUUCACAAUUGUUACCGCCAAAAAAGGAGAAGGAACGGGGGAAAGAGAAGGAGAAGGAGAAGGAAAAGGAGAAGGAAAAGGAGAAGGAACGGGGGAAAGAGAAGGAGAAGGAAAAGGAGAAGGAAAAGGAGAAGGAACGGGGGAAAGAGAAGGAGAAGGAAAAAGAGAAGGAGAAAGAGAAGGAGAAAAUCAAGGACAUGAAACAGAUCUCAACCCCAGUUCCCAACAAGUCACCUGAUGAUAUCCCCACCAGCAUAGAAGAGUGGGCCUCCUACUCAUGCCCUGAGGAUCUGUUGUCUGUAUUCAGGCAAGACAGGAGUGACUCCACUAUUAACCCCUUAAGUUUCCAGAAGCCGACGUACAGUUUGUACUACAUAGACCAUUUGGUCAAAGCCCUGCAAAAGAUGUACCUUCACGAGCUCAGCAUCCCGAUCCUGCAGCUGGCUGUGCUCAUUGCAGAUGUUGUGGUGGAGAGCAAGAGCCUCACAGACCUCUACCACCUGCGACUUUUACAGGUGUGCUCUGACCUGAGGUUGCACAACGCAGCAGCUCAUCAUGAAGAGGUGGUUGGACAGACAUACAUUGGGGACAUGGAGCAGGCCAGCUGCCGAAAAGAGAUUGCAUUUAAGAAAGAGAGGAACAAGGAACCUGUGAUAGAAGAAAGCCAGCCCACCCUUCAUGAGCAACUGGCUCCAGCCCGCUCUGAGGAAAUGAAGCCACUAAUAGCUCAAGACAAGAUUUUGAAGAUAAAUGGAGAGACUGGAAAGGGCCUGGAUGGAACAUCCUACCCCCAGCUGUGGAUGCUCAAAGGGGAGGUUCUACUGGAGCUGGGUCUGUACCAACCAGCACGGCUGCUCUUGGCAGAGGCUCAGCAGACAUUCCAGGAACUAGGUGAUAACUGUUCAGAAGCACAGUGCAUGUUGCUUCUAGCACAGUUGGCCAAUAAAGAAAAGAACCACGGACAAGCUAUGCUCAUACUUGAGAGGGCCCAGCAGCUAGGUGGAGCUGAAGAGUUCUGGUACAAAUUAACCCUGGCUCUGGCUGAGGCCAUCUUAUCCUCUGCAGAUGAUGAAAAAGAAAUCUCAGCUUGCAGAUUGUUUCGGAAACUCAUAGAUACUUUCAAGGUCCUCCAGCAUGAAAGGCCAAACCGAGUGGCCCUGCUAGAAUUCUUCAUCAUGGAGCUGGAGGCCAGGUGCGUGGAACUUCAAACUCAACUUGCCUGCAACCUGGUGAACAAUGAACUUCUUGAGUACCCAUUUUUGCUGUUAGACCUGGAGAAGCAGCUGUUAGAAGUCCAAGAAAGCCUUAUUCUCAGUGGCUGCAGGAGAAAAUGUGUCGACUUAAAACUAGAGCAUGCAAGGAUAAAGAAGUUAUGUGCUGAAAGGGAGAAAAAUGAAGAACAAAAAACUGCCUAUCGCCUGGAAGUGUAUGACUUGUCCCAGAAGGCUAUAGCUGAGGAAGAAGAACUAUUUCACAGAGUCCAGGGGAUACUGUCCCUUCACGAUUUACAGAACAUCAACUCCCCACUCAUGAGGAGACUGGCUCACCUCAAACUCUGCCUGAUCGAAACAUGCCUGGACAUGCAGCGGCUCAUCUGCAAGGAGGCCUUGGAGCUGCAGCUGGAGCAGGGCUCCUUUGAGAAGCUGCUUGCGGACUUCCUGCAUAACACCAGCGACUUCUCAUCCAUCGACUUGCAAUGGUUCAUACUGAAGAGGACCCUGCCUCACACAGUGCUGGCACAGCUGGAAAGUCUGCAGCCACUUUGCGUGGGCUGCAUGGACAUCCGUGCCCAGCUUCUGGUCCUGGCUGGGAAGGCCCUCCAUCUGCUUUCUGUGCAGACAGACCCGGUGUACCCUUCCUUCUGCUGGGAGGAAGACCUCUUGGUAGGCCCCAAGCAGAACAGCCGGCGGUCGUUGGAGCCGGAGGCAGACAUAGAGGACAGGAAUGUGGAGACCACCUCCAGGGACUCGACAACCUUGAAGGAAGCCCCCAAGGAACAAAACCGGAAGGCUGAGGGUCUGAAGAAGAGGGUGGUGCUGGCCCAGAGGUUCCUGGCUCAGACAUCGGAAGUACUGCUGCAGUGUUUGCAAGCCUCCCUGAGCAGCAACCUUCUGGACAUCGCAGCCACUGCCAGCUUAGAGAUGGUGGAGUGUAUUGGCACCCUGGAUCCCACAACCACCUGCCAGUUCCUGUCACUGUCGCAGAGCUGUUCAACCUCAGAGAUGAUGCGGGAUGUCCUGCUCAUGGCCACAGACAACACCAGCAGCUCCCAGCUGGCGGCCCUGCUGCAGCUCCACCGGCGGCUGAGGCAGCAGGACAGGACCUCCACCAGCCUGUUUGCCAGCGUGGAGCAGAGGCUGGCUGCCACUUCCAGGGCAUGGCAGAGUCUCUGUGUCACAGAUCAGCAUUUCACCUUCCUGAAUGAGAUCCCGUCCAUGUUCCGGAUCCUCUUUCUACAGCACUCACCAGACAGGUCCUGUCUGUAUGGUGCUGCCUUUGAGAGACCAAAGUCCAUGCCUGCACCCAAGGGGAAAACAGUCUCAGUGGGCGGUCACUGCAAGGUAAUGCGGGUGACGAUGAGUCGAACUAUCUUCUCAGAGCUGUUGACCAUGGUCCAGUGGAUGCAGAAGCAGACACAGGCCCAGAAAUUGAACACCUUGAAUGAUGAGGAGCAAGACCCAUGUGUGCAGAGGCUGAAUAACAUCCUGGAAUACAUGGAGGAGUAUAUGAAGCCCAUCGCCCCCCUGUUCACCUUCCCAGACGCCAGAACACAGAUGACAAUGUCAAUGGCGGACUCAGGGAAACACAGAGCCAAAGAGAAAGAAAGGAAGCCCUCUCUCCCUUUAGGGCAGCCUUACCCCGAGUAUAUGAUCCUGAUCGCAGACAAGCCCCUACUAGAGCUGCCCCUCGAGGGGCUCUCCAUGCUCAGUGAGGUCACCUCCCUGUCAAGAGAAUUUUCUCUCCAGACGCUAUGGAACCGUCUCCACAAGGAGGAACUAGAAGGCAGUAUGAAGAAAGAGAUCAAAAACAAGGAGUUCAAGAAGAAAAGCCCAGGAAAGAAAGGCACGAAGAGCGCCAUAAUCCGGGUCAUCCCGCCAGAGUGCACCCUAAUCGACUCAGACACUAUCAAGUUUGUCGUGGACCCUUAUGAGAAGGCUCACGGCAAAGAGGUGCUGAGCCCCGUUUUCAUAACCCAGGAAAUCCUGGAUAAGUUCCGAGAUACUUACACUGCACGUUGGACGGGGCAUCUGGGAAGCUUCAGCAUUCCAAGCCAGACUGACUGGGAGCAGGUACUGGACAGCUGCCGAGGCUUUUUCUUCUACGGGAUGGAGGGCAGCUUCCUGUCCCGCCUGGUAGUGGAAAGACUGGUAGCCAUGGAUCUGCAAGAUUGCCAGAUGAUGGUCCUACUGGACUUGACCAAGUCCUCUGAGAGCCGGAAGCGGAAGGCAGAGCCCUCAGAGAACAAGAGCACAUCACAACUGUCCUUGGAGAAGCCCAUCGAGACCGCCAUCCUUCUGAGCCUGGUAGGGGUUGAGAGCAUUGUGGCUAACCAAUGGCCCACGCUGCUGCAGGACAACGCACUGAGGGCCACCACCCUAUGGGAUAACCUGCUAGCAUUUGGCAAGCCACUUGGGAAAACAGUUCGUCUCAUUCAGAGGCUAGGCAAUGAAACCAUUAACCAAGACGAGGUUCCCCAGGCCUCCAGGGAAGAGAUAUUCUCCGAACUGCAGACUCAGCGCUUCGAGCCACGCCCCACCUCCCUCGGCUUAGUUCUGUAUGGACUGCCUCACCAAGCCAUCGUGUGAGCUAAAUCCCGGAAUCUGUGGGGCCACUGUCCCUAGCUCUAACCCUCCAAGGAGACUCCCCACUCAGGACUUUUCCCUCACAUUCUGGGGUUCACCCCAGCAUUAACACAGCCUGAUAUAUGUCCUUCUGUCCAUGAUACAUAUCCUGAGAAGACGGCUGUUGGUGGGUAUACCACCUACGCUCCUGCUUGUCCUCUU